AUGGUUAUUUUUAUUCGAGCUUUCGAUGAAACACAUUCACCAUCGUCAGGAAAGAUAACAAGAGAAAAAGACAAUUCACAUAUAUAUAUAUAUAUAUAUAUAUAUAUUGCUGAUAAAACGUAUGAUGAUUUAGCUCCAGCAAUUGAACUUUAUCAGAAAUUUUUGCCUGGUUCAAUUACUGAAAUUAAAUCGGAAUUUUUAUUGUGGAAAAAAAGAUGGACACAAAUUAACACAGAAAAUAGUUCCAAUGUAUUAUCACCUACUUCGAUGAACAACACCGCUUCAGUGACCAUGAAGCGCAAAGAACAAGUAUCUUUACCAGAUACAGCAAUCGAUGCUUAUGUUCAAUGUGCUGAAGCAUUUUAUCCAAAUAUAAAAGUAUUAUUGCAAAUGUUUUCAACUUUACCAGUAACAACAGCUUCAACAGAGAGAACAUUUUCUGUUCUAAAACUGUUGAAAACAUAUUUACGAUCGACCAUGUCGCAAACAAGACUUAAUGGUCUCGCUAUGAUGUAUAUAUACAGAAAUUUAACUGUAAACGUUGAUUCUGUGAUUAAUAACUUUGCUAAGUCUAAUCGUCGUCUACUUCUUUAG